AUGUUAAAACUCUACAAGUUGGAUCUGGAAUUAAAAAGAAGAAAAGAUAUUGUUAAUUUAAAUAAUUCUGAUCAAAAAGAAUCACAUUGGGUUGCAAAGAUAAAACAUGAAAAUUUAAAAAUUUAUUUUGAUUCUUAUGGUAAUGCUAAUCCACCAAAAGAAUUAGUAAAAUAUUCAGGAGAAAAUAAUCUUAAAAACUCAUCUAGAAGAUUUUAAGACUAUAAUGAUCCACCUAUUUGUGGAUAUUUGUGUUUGGAUAUUAUUAAAAAUUAUAAAAAAAACUUUUUUAUUUUUUUUAUCUUUUCCAUAAUAAAUGGAAUUUAUUUUUAAUAAAUAUGAUGAUCAUAUUAUUCGAUCACAAUAUAAAACAUAUGAAGCAACAUCAGUAACAAAUUUUAACAGAGAUGGUGGUGUUAUAACCUUUGAAAUAGAAGGUACUGAUAGUUUUCUCAAUAUUAAACAUGCAAAAUAUUAUAUUAGUGGAAAAUAUUUAAAAAAUAACAAUACUGAAUAUGAAGCUUAUAGUAAUGUUCAAGUAGAUGAUAAUUUUGUUGUAUUUUUAUUUUCAGAAAUUGAAGUAACAAUAAAAUGGAACAUUGAUCAAAUUGAAAACGUUGGCAGAUCAAGCAUAAUAAAAGGAUGUGUUGGUUAUUCUUUAGAUGAAAAUGGACCAACAAUUAAUUCUGGAUUUCAAUCAAUAUUUACAGGUGGGAGAAGAUUCGAAGCUGUUGGGAAUUUGUCCUAUGUUUAGGUUUUUUUAAAUAUAUUAAAUAUCCAAUUUUUAAAGGAGGAAUUAAAAUAAAUUUUAAGAGAGCUAAAGACGAUGAUGCAUUAUAUAGAUGGAUUUCUUCGACUUCUGUAGCACCUGAUGUUGGAAAAGUUAUUAUUGAGAAUUUUGAGAUUGCAAUCCCAUCAGUGGAAUAUCAAGAAAUGUAUAAAAUACAAUUAAUAACUGAAUUAACAAAAUUAUCUCAAGGAAAUAAUUACAG